AGCCCGCUUUUUUUUAAUCAAGAAUACUUCCUCACACUUUCGCUCAUGUCCUAGCUCUCAUUCCCUCUCUAUCUUUUUCAUUCUAUCUUCCUUUGUCUAUUUUACCUGCUCUCCUCAGUUAGGUUUUGAAAAGGUGUCCUCCAUCACUAUCACUCUGGGAGAAAAGUAUAUGGGAGCCCAUCAAAUAUUUUGACUAAUGUUCUGAGCACUGAUCUCUAAGAGGAAGAAAGCCUGGAAUGGUAUGAGGUAAAACACACAGCUCCUCCUCACAUAAGCUAAGAAGCCAGUCUGACAGUACAGGAACUCACUAGCCAAAGACUCAAAGCUUGUCAUUAGUGGAGCGUAAUUACUGACAACCGAAUUCAAAACAAUACUUACCAAGACACCAUGGAGCUUCCUAAUAGUCACCACAAAUCUAACAGUGAGAAGAACGCCGGGUUUGAUUCCCUUUCAAACAUGGAAGUGAAUGAGCAUUUCCUACCCCGAAUGGAGGAAAAUGGAAAAACACAUUUUACAGAUUCCGAGGGGAAGACUUCAUUUGGGAUGUCCAUCUUCAAUCUGAGUAAUGCCAUCAUGGGCAGUGGCAUUCUGGGUCUGGCCUAUGCUAUGGCCAACACUGGUAUUGUCCUCUUCCUAAUCUUGCUAAUACUUAUCGCUGUUAUGUCUGCAUAUUCCAUCCACCUGCUCCUGAAGAGUGCCGAUGUGGUUGGCACUCGAGCAUAUGAAAUGUUGGGUUUGAGAGCAUAUGGACAGGCAGGAAAAAUCAUUGCUGCCUGUGUGGUGACCAUUCAUAACAUUGGAGCCAUGUCCACCUACCUCUAUAUUGUGAAGAUUGAGCUGCCCUUUGUUAUAUUGGGUCUCUUAGGUAAAGAAAAAGACUUUGGCGGAUGGUAUGUGGACGGGAAUUACCUGAUCACAAUCGUCAGUGUCUGUGUGAUUUUACCCCUGGCUCUUAUGCGACGGCUAGGGUAUCUUGGUUAUACUAGUGGUGUCUCCCUCUUGUGCAUGGUUUUCUUCCUCAUAUCUGUCAUCUUUAAGAAGUUUGUCAUGGAGUGUCCGCUUAAAAGCAUUGACCCAUAUUCAAACAAUGGAAAUAAGACACUCGAUCCCAGAGUGAUGAGCUCACACAUUAACAGUGACUUCAUGGCCACACCCUUCACCACACUGAUGAGAUCACACAACGACAGUGACUUUAUUCCCAGAUUCAUCCCUGUGAUGAUUAGCUCACAUACAGCUCAUGACUGCCGUGAAGCUAAAAUGUUUACCCUCACCCCAGAGGCUAUAUACAGCAUACCUAUUGUGGCCUUUGCAUUUGUGUGUCACCCUGAGGUUUUACCCAUCUACACAGAGCUCAGAAAACCAACCAAGAAGCGGAUGCAAAACGUGGCUAACAUCUCCAUACUGGCUAUGUUCAUCAUGUACUUACUAACUGCAGUCUUUGGCUACCUCACUUUCUACGGUAAUGUGGAAGAUGAGCUUCUAAAGAGCUACAGUGCAAGUGAUACGCUGAUUUUAUGCGUGCGUCUGGCAGUGCUAGUUGCCGUCACCCUCACUGUUCCUGUUGUUCUGUUCCCGAUUCGCCGAACCAUGCUGCAGCUGUGUUGUCCAAAUAAGCCCUUCUGCUGGGCUACCCACAUCUCCAUGGCCAUAGGCCUGCUUAUUUUCGUCAAUGUACUUGUCAUCUUCGUGCCCAACAUCAAAGACAUCUUUGGCUUCAUUGGGGCCACAACUGCUCCCAGUCUUAUUUUCAUACUGCCUGGAAUAUUCUAUAUCCGACUCAUCCCUCACACCCAAGAGCCAGUGAAGUCUAGGCCAAAGAUCCUGGCAUUUAUGUUUUCAGGGCUGGGCUUCGUCUUCAUGUUCGGGAGCAUCAGCUUAAUCAUACAGAAAUGGAUGACUGGGAAUUCACCAGACAUGAAGGGACACUAAUAGCCCUGAGAAAUGAGACCAGCAGCAUACAGCAGAAGCCAAACCCCAGCCCUGUGAUUGGAUGAACCCAAACAUGUCCUGGCUGCCCACAAUGAAUAAUGCACAGCUUAAUUAGUAUGAGCAUUGGGCCUGCUGGUCUUGUCAGUUGUGGCCAUCUUGGAUACAGAACACGUCUCAGAACGGUCAUCAUUAAUGGAGGCGUUUAUGUACCUCUGAGGAAAGCAUUUUAUACAUUUUAAAUUUGUGUAAAAAUAUGUUUUGGAUAUAAAUAGGCCUAAAUAUAAUUUUAAUAGCAGUUUUAAUAGCCAUUGUAAUAUGAUCUUUUAGGGAAAGAAGUAUAUUUAUACUGAGUUGAUUUAGAUGUUUUCAGUAUCUUUGUAUGAUAACUGAAUCUGAUCUGUUGAUACCACACAAAGAUCUAGAAUACUACAGAGCUAAAAUGUAUUUAUUACAGAACAGCAUGAAGGAUUUUGAAAGAUUAGGAGAGGAAACGAGCAUGUCUGUUCUAUGAAUGAUUUAAUACUUCUUUUUUAUUUUAAUACACAUAGAGCACAAAUUUCCUUUUAUAGCUACAGUAGCAUUUCCUAUUCGGUUUAUUUUUGUGUUUGUUUAAAGAUUAGUUUGUGUUUGUUCAUUUUGUGUUUGUGGUUCAAGGGUUAUUGAAGGUUUCCAGCUAUCUACUUUAGUACAGGAAAUAUUGGGUAACAAUUUGAAGAUUUUUUCACAAUCUACAUAUUUAUAGGACUUAUGAAUUAUUUUGGUACACCAAACAUGCAUUAAUAUGAAGGUUAUCAGCUGCAAGCUGAAGACUCUUUGUGCUAAAACAGAUUUUCUGUUCAAUAUUGUACCCUUCAACCAAUGUGUUGUUGUAUGUCAUGUGUACUUAAAAGAUUUUUUUAACAAAUUUUGCAAUACUUAACAUGAAAAAUACCUCUAUAUGAAUUUAUAGUGUAUAAAUAAUUUAAAGCAGUUUUGCCUACAUUGUAAAAUGUGCCUAAAACCUCUUAUUUGGCUAUUUGUAUAUAUAUUAAAUUUUCUAACCUUUUAUUCAGUAAUGUUGAGCUCAAAAUGAUUAGUCAUGCCCUGUUUUGUGCUUUUCAUUAAAAUCCCAUUUUUGAGUUUUAUCCACUUGCAUCUCACUCUGUGUCUAAAAUGUUACAUGAUUAUAGAAAAGUUCAUUUUGACUAGGUUGUGUCUUAUUGUUUUUAAUGACAUCUUUGAAAAUGAA